AGUUUCGCCCUCGCGGUGCACGCCACAUAAAAACGAACGAACGAACGCACUUACCGUCGUCCCGACCGUCGGCAUUUAGGACACACCUGGCCUUGAAUUCUUUCAACGUUGGACGUUUCCCUGCAUUCAGGUGCUUCUUAGCAGCAGGUAAGCCCCUUAGCCAUGGGAGCUGUCUCGCGAAUGACGCGAAUGUCCUUAGCCGUGCGCCAGCUCUCUAGGGUAGUCUACAGCAUAGGCGACAGUGUAUCAAAUGCAACCUACGCGCGCGAGAGAGCAACGGGCAGGUCCUUGUCACAUUGAGCAGACAUGCAGCAGGAGAGCUUGGCUGCGAAGGCCAGCAGGAAACUAAAGCUACCUUCCACACCAAUGGCGAAGCGCAGCGCCCCUUCGCUGGCUGAGGAGCAGGACAUGGGCGCGCCCGCCAAGGCGCCCCGCUUGGACCACCCUCAGCAAGCUGCGUCUGCGGGCCCGGCUGCCGCAGGCGCCUCCCAGGCACUGACGGCGCGCAAGCCUGUCAAUGAGAUGCAACGCGAGUACAGGCAUCUGCACGGGACUGGGGCUCCGUGCAAGGUGACCAUCCUGCACGUCACUAAGUACCUGGGGCAGGUGGUGGCAAAGACCCGCCCAAUGGUGUGGCAGACCAACUCCGCGGCCUCGUCGCCCGCCGUGAGGGAGCUGCAGCCGGGAGACGGCGUCAUCCUGUCUCGGUGCAAGGGUGGCAAGGAGACGAACGAGGAGUACAAGGUUCACAUCGCCCCGAAGCUGCCUGCCGCCAUGCACACGCUGCCUCUCGACAACACCGGCGUGUGCUUUGCGGUGGCUGCGGUUAAGGAGGUGCACAAGUCCACUGCUGAUGCCGGCGGCAGCGCAGCUUCUGAGACGGGCACGUGGGUGGAGCUGGAGGAGGCAUCGCUGGUCUGGAUCAACAUGCCGUGGAAGCAGCUUGCCGAGGACUUCGGCUUGCCCGACAAGUCCACCACCAUCAAUCGCACCGAGAAGCAGGCCAACAUUGCGGACAAGGUGCGCCAUUACGCGCAGCAGGUCACUGGCCUGCUGUCGCGCGCGGAGGCACGUGGCGGCGCCGCCGCCAGCGGCCGCCGCCCCACCGGCCACCUGCAACCCUGCCCGACCGGGCACUUCCUGCGCAAGCUCAAUGACAGCGCCGUGACCGACGACGAGGCCGGCAUCGACGCUGGCGGCAAGCAAGGUUACGACAGCAGUGACGACGGGGAGCGUGGCCACGCCCAGGAGCCGGGGGCGGCCAGCAACGCUGGCAACGGCGCGGCAGGCAUGCGGCGCGGUGCGGCGGCGGCAGCGACUGCCGCCGCCCUGGCACCGCCGCCCGCGCCGCCCGCUGGCGCGGUGACCGCCGGCGGCGCAGCCGCAGGGGCUUGCGCGGGUCCCAGCAACGCCGCUGCCUCGCCCCUUACGCCACCGCCGCCGCAGCAGCCGGCGCUGGCGGCUGAGGAGGAGGAGGCCCUGCAUCUGAUGCGCUGCAUGGACGUCUGCUUGCAGCAUAAGGACAAGGACAACAAGGCGCUGGCGGAGGCGGCAGCGACGGCCGAGCAGAAGGCGGCCGCCGCCGCUGCGGAGGCCAAGCGCCGCAUAACCGCCGUCAGCGCCGGUUACGAGGAGAAGCUCAGGGCUGCCAAGGCGGAUUUUGAGCAGCAGUACAAGGCGCUCAAGGAGAAGUCCGCACUGGCGCUGGUGGAGGCGAAGCAGAAGGCGGUGCGGGCGCUGACGACUGCCCAGCGGGAGCGUGAUGAGGCACUCGCAGCGCAGGCAGCAGCGAUGCAGGAGCGCGACACUGUCCGGGUGCAGCUGCAGGAGGCAGAGCGGGCGCGGGUGGAGGCGGAGCAGCAGUGUAAGGCGGCUGUGGUAGCGGCCGAGGAGGCGGAGGCGGCGAAGGCAAACGCACAGGUGGAGAGCGAGAAGUACAAAACGCUGUGCAACACCUUCCGUGACUUUUUGGAGAAGAGGACCGCGCGCCAGUGAAGCUCAUACUUACGGAAGGAUCAGGGGACGGGCACUGUUUGGGGUCACGUGAGUGCACAACACCAGGCGUGUGUGCAGGUUGCUGCAGGAUGUUGCAAUGUGGUAAGAUUCAUGCCCGUGCGCUUGUGUGCAUUGAGAAUGCCAGGUUGAGAUUGGACACCGGAUUGCUGCAGGGUAUACAAUUUGCCUGCGCGCUGAGGUUAUGCGCGUGGGCGUGGUGCAGUUCAUGUGACGAUUGCAUUGGUAUGCGUAGAGCAGGAUGCUUCACAGUGCACUGGCAAGAACCAUGGUCAGUAACACCGAGAUUUGUGUUGUGCAUUGAAUGAUAUGAUGCCCACCUUGCAGGGAGGGCAUGGAUCAACUAAAAGUUUGGAGCUUCGUCCGCUGUGUUAGUGUCUGUGUCGGGGCGCGAGAGGGACGGACAGGCAUGCGGCGCCCACGCUGUCACGCCCGUACAUGUGCCAAAGGACGUUCUUUUGGCAUACACAGAGUUGCACAGGGCAAAUGAUUGUGUGUACGCAGCCCUUUCUGUAACGAUGUCCAGCGUUGCAAAUUGAGUGCUGGGGUCUGGGAAUACGCUGCACACUAAAUGCGGGACGACGCCAACCUGCUCCUGACCCUGUCCCAUCGCACUGCUCUGUGAUUUUCAGGGGGUGUCUGAUUGAGGAAGUUCUGGGCUGCCAAAGUUGGGGGGUCGGUCCUCAUCCUGGGUAAAAGGGGGAUCCAAUCUCGAAAGUUGGGGCGGGCUCAUCUUUGCAGCGGGCUCAUCUUUGCAAGGUUUGCACUGUUGCACAGGUUCGUGCCAAGUUUUGCUCUUGGCGCUUCUGUCCCUCAGCACGCGGCGCAAUGGGUGCAGAUCAACAGGGGGGGUAGAAUCUUCUGAAACAGACCCCAUGCCUCAAAUGGAUAGAGCUCAACGAGAAAAUCACGAAUCCGCUUUCAAAUUUGAAAAUGGGUUUCUGGGUGCAAAGUUAUGACCCCUCAAAGUGGCCGGUCGGUCGGUCGGUCUGGGGUCCCAAGAGGUUUUGCACAGGUUCGUGCCAAGUUUUGUUCCUAGCGCUUCUGUCCUGCAGCGCGCGGCGCAAUGGGUGCAGCUCAACGAGGCGUGCGUAGGUAUACCCCAGACUUAGCACACAUGCAUAAUAUGGGGUAGUUUGGGGAGCGGCAUGUCGGCAUGUCGGGCGAUGCCUGGGGAACUGGUCAGGGACAGGCCGGUGCCGGCCGGCUUUUGCAUGGAUGAACGUGUCAGCACAUUUCGUAUCAUCAAGUAACAUUGGAGUAAGCCGUUGCAUAGCAGGCCAGUCUAUUACGAUACUUGCCAGCACACGGGUGCACAUGUGCACGUGUCCUGUACAUGUCGGUCGGUCAAAGUGUGCUCCCAAGGCGGAUAAUUUACACAGAGAUAGAGCUCAUCGAG